UGACCACUGAGAAUGCCGUGAAGUCUUUGCCGUUAUGUCUAUAUAGAGAGAAGGAACCCGAGAGAGAGGCCUUUGGAAGGAUAAGGAGUCAACGAAGAGAGAACACCAAAUGGAGAUGCGACCGGAGUGUGUGAGCGUGACGGGCGAGGAGAAGCAUACAUGCAGCUGCAUGGUGGACGUGGAGAAGAUGGUGGCAGACGAGAAUCCAGACUCCGGGAGGUUGGAGGCAGAGCGAUGGGAGGCGCAAUCCAUCUACCUGGUACCAGAGUGGCUCAAGGGCAACAACAGCAAGGAGUACCGGCCGCAGCUGGUGUCUUUGGGUCCCUUCCACCACGGCGACCCCAACCUGCUGCCCAUGGAGGAGCACAAGCGCCGCUCCUUGGUGCAACUGAUCAAGCGGAGCAAGAAGCCGCUCCAAGACUUCAUCACUGCCGUCGACGACGUGGUGCAGGAGCUCCAGGGAGCGUAUGGCAUGGACCUCGAUGUCAAAUGGCGGAACGACAAGCGGAGCUUCGUCGACAUGAUGCUUACGGAUGGCUGCUUCGUGCUGGAGAUUAUUAGCAACCAUUUCUUGGAUUACAAGUCGCAUGAUCCCGUCUUCAGCAAGAGAGCUAUCGACCGCAUAGGAUCCAUUAUCCAGUCCGACAUGCUGCUAAUUGAGAACCAGCUGCCUCUGCUUCUUCUCAAGAAGAUACUGGGUGUUCUUCUACCUCCUGACUAUCUGCAGGUUGAAAUGGAUACAAAGAUAAACCUCAUGGUGCUGGAAUUUCUAGGACGCGAGGAUGAAGAUCUUGACAUGGUGAACACGCGGCUGAGGCACCACCCCCUAGACCUCUAUCAUGGAUGCCUCACCUAUAAGGAAGGGGCCACUGAAGGUCCUGAAGAAGAAUCAACGGUUAACGAUUAUGAACCCAUGCCAUCAGCAUUGGAAAUCCACGAGGCUGGCAUCAAGUUCAGAAAGAGCAAUAGUGAUACCCUGCUAGAUGUUCACUUCGACAUGAAGCGCGGUGUGCUUACUAUGCCAGUGAUGAUGCUGUUCGACAGCACUGAGAGCUUGUACCUCAACCUGAUGGCGUUCGAGCGGCUGCACGUUGGCGCUGGGGAGGUCGUCACGUCCUAUGUGAUCUGCAUGGACGACAUGAUCGUCUCGGCCAGGGACGUGGCGAUGCUCAGGUCCAAUGAUGUCCUCGUCAACAUGCUAGGCUGUGAUGAGGAGGCGGCUAAACUGUUCAACGGUACUCUCAGCAGAGGCCAACUUCUGGGAUCCUGUGACGAUCUCCGCCAAGUUCAGUACAACGUGAAGGCCUACUGUGGGAAGUCGUGGCACAAGUGGCGGGCCACCCUGAUGCGUACCCAUAUCCGAAACCCCUGGGCAUUCAUCUCACUCGUUGCCGCCACCAUUCUACUCAUUUGCACCCUGUUGCAGACCAUCUACACCAUGAAGCAGAACAAGCCUUGAGAGCACAUGUUUAAUUGAAAAAUCCAGCAGCAAAACAGUUCAUAUUUGUAGUGACCUGUAAUGUUUAUUUAUGUGCUGAAUAAUGUUACUAUUUUCAGUUUGUUGUUAGUUCUGUUUAAGAGAGGUAUAUAUAUAUCUCAUUCGUUACAAACAAACAAUGGUUGUACUCGUUGAUACAACUUAAUUUAAUGCUUAUCUAUAUGCGAUUCUGUUUAGUUUAAUUAA